AUGAAGGCAGUACGCAUGAUCAAGGACCUGUCCAACCUCUGUCUUGAUGGGGGUUUCCGUUUAACCAAAUGGCUGUCCAAUGAUAAAGAAGUGUUAAACACAGUUCCUGAAGCAGAAAGAGCACCGGAACUGAAGUCUUUGGAUUUAAAUAACGAUGACUUGCCAACAGGUAGAACCCUGGGAGUACAAUGGUCACCUCAACUGGACACACUAAGCUUUAACAUAGCAGCCGCCGAAAGGAAUUACACAAGAAGGGGAAUCUUGUCUAUUACCUGCUCGGUCUUUGAUCCAUUGGGAUUGGUGGCCCCUUUCAUUCUCCCAGCAAAAAUGCUACUACAAGAUCUCUGUCGGCAAGGCCUAGGUUGGGACGAACUCAUUGAUGAUUUCUCAAUGCAGCGAUGGAGGAUAUGGUUAGAGGAGCUAAAGAGGCUCAAAGAAUGGAGUAUGCCGAGGUGUUAUAAGUCAAAUCUAUCCUCAAAUAUAAUAAGUAGACAGCUCCAUGUAUUUUCGGACGCGAGCGAGAAGGGGUAUGGCAUGUGCGCCUAUUUGAAGCAGGAAGCCCAAGAGGGAACAAUACAAGUUUCCCUUGUCUUAGCAAGAAGUAGAGUGGCUCCUUUGAAAUAUGUAUCUAUCCCUCGAAUGGAGUUGACUGCAGCAGUUAUGGCAGCCCGUCUCACAGAUUCUAUAUUACGUGAGUUGAAUAUCAAGGAAGUUUGUUACUGGACAGACAGCCAGACUGUUCUUAAGUAUUUACAGAGUGAUACCAGAAGAUUUAAAAUGUUCGUAGCUAAUCGUGUUUCUACUUUAUUGGACUUGACCAAAGUUUCACAAUGGAGAUACGUCAGAACGGCUGACAACCCAGCCGAUGAAGCCUCUAGAGGCCAAUGUAUUGAUGAUUUCUUGCGAAAUAAGCGAUGGAUCAAUGGGCCUGAUUUUCUUGAUCAACAUGUUGAGCAGCACAUAAACCCACAGGAAUGUUUGGUUGAAAUUGAUGAGAAUGACCCAGAAGUCAAGAAGGUUUCCAAUGUGGUUGUAACCAAAAACCAGUGCUGUUUCCUAGACGGAUUGAUCUCCAGAUGCUCAAGCUUCAUGAAGCUGAGGAAUGUAGUGGGUCUAGUUUUAAAGUUUGUCGGAGGAGCAAGAAAGAAUCAAUCAAAGAGCAAUGAUGUUGAUCAAUUGGAGGCCGCAGAGAGGUUCAUUAUAGUUCAUGAACAACAGAAACAUUUUGCGGCGGAGUUAACUGCCUUGAAGAAUGGGGAGAAGAAAUUGAUAACUGCCGUAAUGAAAGCUAGUCCCUUGCGUAAGCUGGACCCUAUGCUGGUAGAUGGAGUUAUCGUAGUUGGGGGAAGACUGAGAAGAGCAGCCCUCCCAGACAGAAUGAAGCAUCAGAUAAUAAAGAUCUGA